AUGGAUAGAUAUAUCCCUUUUCAUCUCAUACCUGAAAUUCUGUCAAAGCUUCCAGUGAAAUCACUCUUGAAAUUCAAGUGUGUUUCGAAAUCAUGGCUUGCGUUAAUUUCGAGCCCUCAAUUCAUCAAAGCUCAUCUCAAUUACCAGACUUCGCUAAACAACCAAAGCCUACUUGUGUUGGAGAACAAUUGCAGCUUCAAAUAUUGUUCUCUCAACUCUUUAUUGUACGGACAGGCUAGUCCCCAUGUCCUAAUCCCACAGGAUGAAGGAGCCCUUACAACUACCAACGAUAGACACCUGUGCAGGUAUUUUGAAAUUGUUGGCUGUAGUGAGGGAUUGAUAUGUAUUUGCGUCUUUCGACCUCGUCAAUCGUAUUUCUUCUUGUGGAAUCCAUCAAUAAGAAAAUACAAGAAUUUGCCUGAGUUAAUUCUUCCAUCGACAGCUUCCUUAUCUGUGAUCUCGGGCUUCGGGUUUGAUGCUUCUAGUGACGAUUAUAAAGUAGUGGUACUGGUAAUGAAUGCCAAAUACUCGAGGUAUGGGACUCUAGUUUACAGCUCCAAAGCUGGAGCUUGGAGAAGGAUUGCUGAUUUGCCUGGCGAUACAUCAUAUCUGUCUUCUGGACCUGGUGUGCUGGUCGAGGGGAAGCUCCAUUUCCUGGCCAAGGAAACAGCGCGUGGAGCAUAUAUUGUUUCUCUUGAUUUAGCCACGGAGAUGUACAGAGAGUUGGAAGCACCGAAUCCUAAUUAAAGAGAAUGAUCUCUCGGGGAAGUAAGGAGAAAUCGGAGGGAACCUUUGGUUUUAUAAAAUUCCGGACCUAAAUGGUUGUCUACAGGCUGGUGAGCUGUGGAUCACGAAGGAAUAUGGAAAAUCUUGGACUAAGGUGGUUAGUGUUGAAAAUUCGUGUCCUUCGUUUUUCCCAAAUCUACUUACGAUAUCAGCCAAGGGUGAACAUUUAAUAUUGAAGUCUCGAAGAAUUGGAGUUUACAAUUCAAGAGAAGGUCAAUGUUUUAGGCCUUUCGAGCAGUUCAACAAUGUCCUUGAUGCUUGUUGUUUUAUUGAAAGCCAUGGAAAAAAUCAUGGAAAUUACAGUAAAACAUGAAGCCCAAAACAUAUAGCUGAGAGGGUCUCUAUUAUCGGGUUCUUCUAUUAUCUACUCUAAAGGCACAUGAAAAGAGGUGAGUUAGGGUGU